GCACCUUGCUGUCUCUUUCGUGCAUUACUGGCCGUGUGCAGUGGAGUGAGCUGAGUGAGGCGUACAGUCAGAGUCAGCUCCAGCGCCACCUCUCACUGGCCCAGAGCCAGCAGUUCCUCCGGGAAGAGGAGCUGAGAGCCCGCCAGCAUAGCGCUCUCUUCAGGCUUCGAGAGAAAGCACUGUGGGAGAGGACACAGGCUGAGCUGGCAUGGCUGGAGCACUGCAAGAAGCAGGUUUCAUCAGAGGACAACUCACUUGCUGAAAUCAAGCGGAAGCAGGAGGAAGUAGUGAGCAGGCUGAGACAGGAGCAGGCAGAAAUCCACCACUGGCGUAAUGUAUAUAAAUGUGGACGGCAGCAGCGCCGGCUGCUGCUUUGCCAUCAGAGGGACAUCCUGAACAUCAAGAAGUCGGCUACUCACUUUAGAGAAGUGCUGCAGAAGCAGGCUGAGGCAGAGACUGACACUAGGCCCGUGGACGCAGCUCCGGCUCUGGAGGCAAAGAGUUUUAUCACCAAGCCUGGGAUUAUACAUGCUGCCGGAAGCAGAGAUAAGUCGCCUGGAAAGCAGGGGAGAUUUUUGACUAAAGCAGGUCUGAGGAGGCUCCUGACGUCAGAUGAAGUAUGGAGCUUUGGAAGGAAGAGAAGUUCAGGAGAACAAAUCCAAACAGAGCAAGAAACUCUACAACAGACAGCAGGUUCCAAAGAGUCAUGUGACCCCAAGCGCUUCUUAGCAUACAGUCAUCGAAGUCAGCCUCUUCAUCAUGCUGAGAGAAAAGUGAAAAGUGAAGAUGGAAAGCCUUCACAUCAGCAUGAACCAUCGAAGGAAGAUUCUAAAGCUCAUGCUUAUGAGCAUGAGCCUGAGAAGAGCAUCCAAAGCCCUUUGCAUAAAGGGCAACAUCAUGAGAAAGUGACCCCACCCAAAAGCAGUGAAGUAUACUCAGGGGAAAGAAUACAAUACCCAACUGAAGUCACUUGGAAGCCUAUCAAGAAUGUGCAGCAUUUCACCUCAGGACAACACAACCAAACUAGUUGUGGACUCACUGAUAGGGCUCCUAUUGUGUCCAGUUUGUCAUCUGACAUAGAGGAAGACCUACCCUAUGAUUAUGAAGAUAGCCAUCAAAAACCCAGAGAACAGAGAGAAAUUAAGCUUCAAGAGGCUUUGAAGACAUAUUCCGCCUCAGAUGAUACAGACUGUGGUCAAGUAAUAACCGAUAAUUCGACUGUCAAUGUGGAGAACAACCAACGGUCACAAACUGUAUUGAUGUUCAACAAUAACCAAGAGAUUUGCAGUGAGACAAAGAAGCGUGAAUCAAAUACAGCUUACACACCAAUAUGGCACAAUACAAAAGAGUCAUUCACAGAUAAACCACUCAUUGCUAAUUUGGUCCAGGCUCUAAGCAGCAAUAUGAAAAGAGGUGAGGAGAGCCCAUCUUGUGAUGAUAGCCUUUCUGAGGCAGAAGAUAGAUCAGAACCCUUUUCACUCCAGAGUGAAGCACUGGCCUGGUCUGAAGAAGAGAGAGAUGGUUUUAAUGAUGAGAAAACUGAAGCAAGCACAUGCUCCUUGGUCUUCGCUGAAAAGUUCAUUGUGGUCUCAGAACCAUCAUUUUACCAUCAGUCCAGCAAUGAGGUGGGUUGCCAUGAUAUCCCUUAUUAUGAGAGGGAAAUGACCACAGAGUGCACCCUCUCAGAGAUUCUUUCUCCAGUAGAUGAGGUUUUGUCAUAUGGAAGUGCUGAGCUCCCUCCUUUGGUUAAAGGAGGUGGUGGUUCAGGACCAAAUAGUAACAGUUUACAACCUCCUCCACCCGCCUUUGAGAUCAUCACAUGGACUAGUGAGGAAGAGCUUCCAGCUCCUCCUGACUUUAUUGAAGAUGCUUCCAUCAACAGUGAAAACUUGCCUAACCUUCCUGUGGACUUGUCUUUAAGUAGAAGAGAGACUAGAAGUCUAGGCUCAAGGAGUCUGGGGGAAAGUGAGGUAAAUAAUGAUGCUAUGAUUGGAGAUGGAUGUAAAAUCCUUUCUCCUAAACUGGCCACAGGGCAGGAUGAACAGGACGAGUGCUCAGAGUACACCAGCUCUCUUCCUGUGGAUGACAGUAAUGAAACUGAAGAUCCUUUAUCCUCCUUUCACAUUGGAGACAGGGUUCUUGUCUGCAACUCAAGACCAGGCAUGCUGAAGUAUAAGGGAUCCACUGCAUUUGCCGGGGGUUUCUGGGCUGGCGUGGCACUGGAUACCCCCAGUGGAAACCACAAUGGCACUUUCAGGGGUGUGAAGUACUUUACAUGUGAAAAGAACCAUGGGGUCCUGGUCAGAGCAGAAGAUGUUACUCAUUUGCAUAGAGAUCAAUCCAGUGGUUUGAAUACUCAUGUGGAUGAAGAUACCUUCUCAGAUGAGGACCCCCCAAAAGGCCAAGAUAGGAAAAGCGGGAAUAGACCAUCUGAGAAUGGAAAAGGGAGGCACAAGGACAGCAAAAGCUGUGGAUGUGAUCUGUCAGUUCCAAAACAGACAGUCCAGCAGGAACCGUGUGAAAAUGAUCCCACCAGAGACACAUCCAAUGAGUUAUCAAGUGGUUCAAGAUCCAGUGAAAAAUCUCCAUUAAAGGUCAAUCAUAAGCUUGUCUGUUACAAUGAGGAGAGAAAGCAUCAUGUUGAGGAGACUGAUGUUCUGAUAGAGAGAUUAACCGAGGAGAUUUUUGCGGAUGCUUUGAAGAGUGUACAGGAGACCUGGAAGAGACAUAGACAGAUAAUCAAAUCUAAGCAUGACAGUAAAUCUAUUGAUUCUGGUUUUAGGAAAAGGGAAAACAGCAACUUUGCAACUAACAAGCCAUGUCUCAUGGAUCAGUGGCAUCAGGUGCCUCCAGAAACAUCCCCACAAAUACGGGUCCAGCCUCACGAGCACAGCAUUGUGUACAGACUGGUAGAUGCCAUGGUUGAGACUCUCUGCGGCCAAGCAGAUGAAGCUGCACUUGAUGCUUGUGAAACACCAAGCUACUUAGUUGAUGAUAAAAGCCGCAAAGGCUACAGGCAGGUCCUGUUCCACUUAGCAUCUGAUAUACUACAUGAGGUUUGUGCCAAUAUAUUGGAAACAAGUAAUUCUGCCCAGAAAACAAAGGCAACGUCAGUGAUGUCAGCUCUGCAGAAAGGGAAAAUUUCAGUGGCCUAUUUAAAGGCUGCAGUGAAAAGGGAAAUGCAGAAAGUGCUUAAUCUGGAGCGCACUGAUCAACAAAUGGCAGAGAUGCUGCAAACACUGUGCAAAUACUGGUAUGCAAAGAGGGACAGAGUUGACUACAUCUUGAUUCAGGAGCUUCACAGCGAGGAGAGGCAGUGGGUGGAUUACAGCGCUGACCAGACCACUGUGAAAAUACGAUUGGCUGAGGAAAUCUUCAAGCUACUUCUGGAUGACACUAUAUCAGUUCUUAACCACAUUUAUAUAUCAGACAACAAGUGAUACAAAAUUUAGCACUUUUGCAUUAUUUUUCUCUGUGCAAUUUUAGCUAGAAUCUAAAUUAAAUAAACGUGUGUUUGUAGACUGUGUGUUGUAAUUCAGUUUUAACAUUGAAAACUUGGGUUUUAGUAUGGCCCAGCAGGUCAAAUGGCACUGCACAAUGACAUGGUUUCUCAACUGUCCCAAAUCUGGACCUAAGUGGUUGCUAAAAUGUGAUUUUUCUCCUCAUAGAGUAAAAAAGUUACAUGUUUGAGACUUUCAAAUGGUCUUAAUCGCCUUCUUCGGCCUCACAGUAAUUUUUGACAUUUGGCAAAUUUUAAAAAGGCCUUAAAGUUAACUUUAAAGUUAACCUAUGCACAAGAUUUUAGAAGCUAAUGUAAGUAAGGCCUCUCAUAAUUAUGGCAUAAUAACUUGAUCACAAUUGUUUAAGCAGACCACAAUUAUUUUUCACAGUUAAAGGAAAAAAGACUAUUAAAUUGUUAAUUGCAAUUAUUUGUAUGGCAUUUAAUCAUCAGCUACAAUUUCACGAUCCUGACAGGCCUAAGUGUAAGCUAGCAAUUGUGUGUGCUGGAAACUGAGGUAUAAAUACUGGAAGUGAACACAGGGCAAUCCUAAAGAGGCCUGUAACA